CUGGAUUAAACUUUAAAGCUUUCGAUCCGAUAGCAAUAACGAACGUUUUGGGACCGCAUUGUAAUUUGUAAUUGUAGUCAGCAUUGAUUGUUCUUAUUUUAAAAACUGUGCGAGGUCUGCAAUUAAAUAAAGUAAAAAUAAAGAAGGAAGAAAAGUAAUCCAUGUGUUUAAGGCAUAUUAGCAACAUGAACGAAAGACUGGCUAUACUGGCUAUAGAUAUCGUUUUAUAUUAUUAUCUUAUGCCUGAUUUGCCUAUAUGGGCCUUCGUACUUUUGAACUUGCUGACCUUUAAUUAUCCGCUUCAAAGAUUUGCCGUGAUUCUUGUUAACGCCUUUCUUAAGUGGCGCUUACUUCCGUUUUGUGAGGAAUGGAUCGCCAAAAAUUCAGAGGAAGAAACUGAGUAGAAUGUUUUAUGCUUCAACAAAAGGUUAUCCCACAAUGAAAGAUAUUUGGAAUUUUUUCAAUAGUCCUAAAAGGCACCUAAAGGAAAUGUGGUGAACUGGAAAUACUUUAAAAUGCUGAAUAAAUGUAAAAAAAAAAAA